AUGCUGCCAACUGGUCAGUCGUGGCCUUGCAUUUUGCACUGCCUGGAUAGCAACCUGACAACCGGUGAUGACUAUCUUCUUACCUUGGUUGUAUUGGAGCUUGGCAGCCACCAUCCCAAUGCCGUCGAGCACGUCAAGAUACACUAUGAAUCCGUGCAAAGUUCCCAAUUAUCGUCGCAGAAGACGUUGUUGCUUGGCGCGGCGGCGGAAGCGCCAACUGGCGAGUUGGUCCUCAAGACCACUGCCGUCGGUAAAGAAUAA